AUGACAUCGCAAGGUGAAAUAAAAGUUGUCGAAACCGGGCUUAAUGCUGUGGGAUCGUCGCGACUUUCUGGCUGGGGACACGUGGCUGAAAAACUUGCACAGGUUGGCAGAAGAUGCUGGGAAAACCUUUCGAUGGCGCGCUACUCAGACACGAUGCUCAGAUAUGUUUCAGUUGGGGACGAGAUGGCUCAGUGGUUAGAGCGCCUAUCUACUAACCGAAAGAUCCGCUGUUCAAACCCGACCUCUACCUCUCGACUUCUUCUGUCUAGGUUUGAGCAACCUGGUAGUAUCCCAGCCUUCGUGCUUCCCUCUGGUGGCAUGCACGUAGAUCCUCGUUUCCAAGUCACUGAGUUUCUCAAAGAGGUCGAAAUCCAUUUGGAAAUAGCCGGAUCGGGUGAAUUACUCGAUGUUAUUCACGCACGCUACCAUGGGCCUCACAAGCAGAUGCUAGCGCACAUGGUUGUUAGACUGUACACCAGGACCUCACCAUCUUCUUUGAAGUAUGCGAUGUACAGACUAUCCGGCCGUGUGAUGUCGCGUUAG